AUGAAGGAAACAUCUCUCAGAUUACUCCUCUCCCUGAUGUUAAUGUCGUGCAGCACAGCAUACAAAGCUGCCCUGACUGUGAGUCCCAGCAGAUCUCAAUUCUUUCCUAGAGAAUCUGUGUCUCUGAGCUGUGAGGAGAACAACAGCUCUGCUGGAUGGACUGUAUGGAGGAACACAACCACAGAAACCAGGACUCGGUGUGGAGAUGGAUGGGGGAAAACAGCUGGUUCUACCUGUAACAUCAGCUACCUGUACCCAGAUGAAAGUGGAGUUUACUGGUGUGGGUCGUCCAGAGAGGGAGCAGCCAGCAGCAGCAUCCAGCUCACUGUCACUGGUGGAUCAGUGAUCCUGCAGAGUCCUGUCCUCCCUGUGAUGGAGGGAGAUGACGUCACUCUGAGCUGUCUAACAAAGACCACUCGCUCCAACCUCCCAGCUGCUUUCUAUAAAGAUGGCUCCCUCAUCAGGACUGAGCCCAAAGGUCACAUGACCCUCCACCAGGUGAACCGCUCUGAUGAAGGCUUCUACAGGUGUAACAUCAGUGGUCAUGGAGAGUCUCCAUCCAGCUGGAUCUCUGUUGAAGAGAAAUCAACCACCACUUUUCCACCUGACUCUAGUCGUCCUCCACCUACAUCUUUCACUUCUCCCUCCGACCAGCCUUUUCUCCCUACCAUUGUAGUUCCUGUCUUGAUUUUGUUUUUCGUUUUACUCUUGCUACUUCCUUUAGUUCUACUUGUAACACGACACAUGUGCAGGAAAUCUGAUGGUAUAGAAGGAAAUGAUGUAGAAAAGAGCACUGCAUACAGUGAGCUGAGAAUCGUCACAAACCAGCAGCAGCCAGUCAGAGGCAGUAGAGAGAGAGAUUCAGCUUCAAUUUACUCUGUGGUGAGGACAGAGGACAUCAGCUAUGGACAGAUCAACAUCAGACCAAAGAGGACACGAGAGCCAAAGCAAAACAUCCAGCAAGAAGUUUUCUACUCCUCAUUCAGAUAGAGCUCUGCUCUGACUAUUCAAUGGACUGGGAAAUCUCUGCCUCCUGUCAACCAUCCCAUUGAUGGGAGUAGCACUGUUAUCAUUUAACUUCAAUUAUGUUUUAGUUCUUCUCAUUCUUCAUAAUUAUUUGUUUUUAUCUGAUCAUGCAUGAUGUUCCCUCAGCUCUGUUUUCUGUGCUUGUUUAAUAAAGUCUGA